CCCAUCCCACCCAUCCCACAGAAUGCGCAAUGGCCAACAGGUCUGAGUCGGAUCUUGAGGGAACCGUUGGAAUGUCGCGGCGGAAGUGCCAGGAGAGAAGUUGGGAUUUUGCUCGUGAAUUGCGCUUUUUGAGAGAUUCAUGUGCUCGCAGCCGGACGGAAGAGAUGCAAGCCUUGCGCAGGAGUAGCGAAGAGGUGGAACGCUGUGUGCUUCGACGGCAGCUGGAUGAAAGUGCUGUCCUGCAGGACUUUUUGGCAGGCUUACAUGAAGACAUUGAGUCGCAACUUGCAGGGCUCCAAGCGCAAGUGACACGGCGCCUCGACUUGUUGGAGGACCGCAUCAGCAAGGCUGAAAGUGAGGGCACGCGAGUGACCCUGGGGGCUGCUGUCACGGUGGAAGUGCAACGGGCCGUCUCCGAGGCUUUCUUACAAGUUGAGCGGAGUGCGGAAGCUGCUGUAGCACGGAGGCAGUCGGAUCAACCUGAAAGUGGCCCUGGGCCCGGGCUGCCCUCUGGGGGAGCUCGAAGAAGGGCUUCUGACCGUUCCGACUCGAGACGCUCAGGAAGUCCUGAAGACGAUACCCUGGACAGUGCGGAGGAAGAACCAUCGGGCUUGGACUGGAGGCUCCAGCGUUUGGCUCUGAAGUUGGUGGCGGCUGGGGAAGAAAGCGCUCGGGCCGUGGCCAGUGAGGUGGCAGUGGCAGUGGCAAAUGCCACCAUGCCUCAGCUGGAAGAACGUCUCAUGGAGGAAGCCCAGCGACAGAAUGAGGCGGUGGAGAUGGCUCGAGAAGCAGCUAUGCUCGAGGCUGAGGUGGUGAAACGUGCUGUCUCACGAGCUGAGGCGGCCUCCGCAGAUGUGCAGCUGCUGAAGCCGGAAGUGGCCGAAAGGUUGAAGGAGUUGGAAGACCAACUGCUUGAGGUGAGGGAUGCAGCGAAGCAGCAGCUUUACAGCGAGUUUCGGGAGGCCCGUGAAGAAAGCCGAAAGGAGGAGAGGCACAGUGCUGAGCUGCACCAAGCUGCUCUAGGCCGUUUAGAGGAGUCCUUGCGGGAGGCGUUGUCAAGGCAUUACUCGGAGGCCAUUGGCCAUGCCAAUGAAGCUUACCGUCAUUCCGAGGCCCUGGAGCAGUCCUUGAUGGAAGAGACGAAGCGAGGUCAGGAGGAUCGUGUGAAGUGCAGUGAGUCAGCUCAGGCCCUGGCUUCUCUGGGACAAGACUUGGAGGCUACAAAGGAGAGCUUCCUCCAGGAGCAGAAGGAGCUGAGGUUGGAGCUCAUACGAGGGCAGCGAGACCUUUCCAAUGAGUUGAAGCCGCAACUGUUGGAGCUGACCUCUGCGUUGAUGAGGAGUCAGGAGUUGACUGAGGAGGCUCAAAAGGCCGUAGCACGUUCUGAUGCUGCCUGGAGACCGGAGGUGCAGGAUCUGCGCAGUGAGGCUGCUUCCCACCAGAAGACGCUGGAGCAGCUGGAAGCUGAGAAGAACACUUUGGCUAAGGGCCUACGAGAGCUUCAGCGUCAGGGCGUAAGCCAUGAGUGGCGCAUACCGCGUUUGCAACAACGUGUAGAGUAUCUGUCCAUGGAUUCAAAGGAUUCCAAAGGUGUUUGGAUCGACUCGCCUCACUUCGAGCUGGAGGGCUCGGGGCCUUUCGUAUUGCGCUUUUAUCCCAGAGGUGUCUGUGGAGGAGAUGGUCUAUGUGCUGUGGGUGUCUUUGCGCCCAAUCGAGCCGGCAGAACUGCACUCCCUCUACGACUUGAGCUGCGUAUCAGCGACCUUCGGAAACGUGCCUCUGCCCAAAGUGAGGCGGAUGGCGUGCUGUGGCUAGCGCACAGCUUUGCUACGUUGGAAGCACUGAAGGAUGAACUGCUGAUAGGUGUAGAUAUUCCGCCCUUUGCUUGGAGCGCUCUAGAGCGAAGCACCUCGCGACCCAAGGAGUAUGGACUCACGGGAGCCGUCGCGGUGAAUCCCUUCUGCAAAACACCUCUACAGGCCACGGGAAACGAACUGUCGAGUUGGCAUGGGAGCCGGCUGCCGGUGUCGGCUUGCCCUGUCGACCGUGAGGGAAGCAUCAGCAUCCCAAUAGCCCGGAGCCAGACUCCGAAGGAAGCGAAUGUCGCAGCGUCAGGAAGUGCCACUAGCGAGGGCCAUCGCUCCGUUCCAAACUCUCCCCAUGGCUCAAGUGCUUCACGGCCCGGAUGGGCUGCCUUUGGAGGAGAAGAGGUGCCAAAGCGGCCUUUUAGUGCCCACGUGCCACGCAGUUCUGUAAGUCAGCCAAUGCCGGUGCUGUUGGGUUCAGUGCAUAGGAAAGGAGGGCCUUUAAACAGCGCUGCAAGCGGAGCCGCUCCCGGCCGUUCAAGCAAUCCCUUCGCCAAUGAUCGAAAUGUUGAUGUCCCCAAAUGUGGCAACCCCUUCGACAAGUGAAGGACGACCCCAUGAUUUCAUGCCGACAAAGUUCGGCCACCGCCCGCCGCAGCAAAAGACGACAGAUUGGAGGCGACGAUUCGAGGCGACGAUUCGGUC